GCUAUUCCCAUUGUAGCCUUACAAGGUCUGAUUCCGGAGAAUUCAUGGCUUCAGUUUAUACUGCUCCGGAUUUGAGUUCAAUAGAAACUUUGAAUAGACCAAAUUAUGAGGAGUGGAAACUAGACGUAGAGGUAGUUGUGGAAACUAGACGUAGAGGUAGUUUUAGGCCUUAUGGAUUUGGAUUUGGCUUUGAUCGAAGACAAGCCUGCAGCUCUCACUGCUUCCAGUACAUCUGAACAGAAAUUGAAGUUGAAGAAUUGGGAAACAUUGAAUCGAAUGUCUCUCCUUGUUAUGGAGAAGACAAUUUCUGCAUCUGUGCUUGAGGAAAUACCUGCUUCUGAGAAUGCAAAACAGUUUUUGGCAACUAUAGUUCAGAAGUAUAAGCCAGAAGAUAAGGCACAAGUUAGAAAAUUGAUCACUGCUCUCACUUCUGCUAAGUUUGAUGGUGUUGGGUAUGUAAGAGAGUAUAAUCUGGGAUUGGCUUGCAUUGCAAAUAAGCUGAAAGUGCUCAAGGUCCCCAUAGAUGAGACCUUCUUGGUGCAUAUUGCCGUAAACUCUCUUCCAAGCUCUUAUGGGCAAUUGGUAAGAGUAUACAGCAUUAUGAAGGAGAUGUGGACAGUGAAUGAGCUUAUUUACGUGUGUGUUCUAGAAGAACAGAGGCAAAAGAAUGACAAGGGAAAGCGAGCUUAAGUGUCAAA